AUGCAGGAACAACGCCAUCAACACGAACAACAAAAGCAACAGCCGAUAUCUCAACCACAACAAGUUCCGAUACCAGUAAACGAUCCGGUCUAUUGUAAUCAGCCUAACGCACCUGUCUAUCCUAAUCAGUACGCUCCCUAUCAAAACAUGCCCCCACAGCAGUUUCCGGGUCCACAGGUUUUCCAUGUAAACGAUCCGGUCUAUUGUAAUCAGCCUAACGCACCUGUCUAUCCUAAUCAGUACGCUCCCUAUCAAAACAUGCCCCCACAGCAGUUUCCGGGUCCACAGGUUUUCCAUGGUCAGCCACCGUUUAUGGGUCCACCCCAACCGCAGCCAUUAUUUCCCGGUUUUGAAUUUCAACAAAUGCAGCAGCAGCCGUUCUACGGGCAGCCACCUUACUACGGUUGA